UGCAGGUUUCCCCCGUCCGGAAGCCCCCGCUCCUGUCACCCCUCCCGACCGCCUAAGGUAAUCGGCGGACUUCGAAGCGGUCCUCUCUCCCUCCCAUCGCACCAUGGAUCUGCAGCAGCAGAAGGUACACAUUGAAAAGGCUCAGAAUUUCAUGCGCCAGUACCGGGAUCCGGAAUCGCGGGAGCUGAAAAAACUGUCCGCCAAUCAGUUUAUGGACGUUUGGAGUCACUACGAUGGGGAUGGAAACGGCUACAUCGAAGGCACCGAGCUCGAUGGGUUCCUCAAAGAGUUCGUUUCCAGUGCAAAUGCGACCGAUCUGGGACCUGAGUCACUGACGGACGAGAUGUUGGUCGAGCUCAAAUCCGCUUCAUGGAAGCAUACGACGAUAAUCAGGACGGGAAGAUCGACAUCCGAGAGGGUGUGUUGUCGGGGUAAAGACGAUUACUUUUUAAAUUCUGAGGAAGAUGGCGUGGAUUACUCUUCAUAG